AUGACAGGAUUUGCCACUCUUUAUGACUUCAGAAGGCUAAUCCCUUACCAAGAAAGUCUCGUGAGCAAGUUUUUGAAUCAGGCAGAGGUGAAGAAGUUACUGGGUGUGAAUGAAUCGUUGGUGUUCGAGGUGUGUAGCGAUGCCGUGGGGACCGCGCUGCAGGAAGACGUGAUGAAGAGUGUGAAGUAUAAAGUGGAGUUCUUGGUGCAGAAUACUAGGGUGUUGCUUUACCAGGGGCAGUGUGAUCUGAGAGAUGGAGUGGUCUCAACUGAGGCUUGGGUGAAGAAUUUGAAAUGGAAAGACAUUGGCAAGUUCAUGGAAGCAGAGAGGAGAGUGUGGGAGGUGAAGGGGAAGCUUGCCGGGCAUGUGCAGAAAUGGGGGAGCUUGAGCCAUGUGGUGGUGUUGGGUGCCGGGCAUCUGGUGCCGACUGACCAGCCGGAGAAUUCUCAGGCAAUGAUUGAAGAUUGGGUUCUGGAGAGGAAUUUGUUCGCAGAUGGAAAGGAUCAAAAUUUGAGUUUCCGAGGUGCAUCGUAA